AUGCGGUCUGAUGCGGUGCACUCAGGAGCAGCAGGAGUUGGGAGCGCUGGCAGCAGCAGUGAUACCAACAGGGAAGGCAGCGGGGAGGGCAGCAAGGAGCAGUUUGUGUUGAGAGUGGAUGGAGGGGCAUCAGUGAACAACCUACUCAUGCAGUUGCAGGCUGACUUCCUCGGAUGCCCCGUGCAGCGGCCAGCAGACAUCGAGACAACAGCGCUGGGAGCAGCACUCGCUGCAGGAAUAGGAGUGGGGCUGUGGAGUGAAGAGGAGGUGCUUGGGGGGGCAGUGGUGGGAGGUGACAGACAAACAGCAGAAGAAGGGGAGGCAGCGGACAGCGGGAGAGGGGUGGUGUUUCUGCCGUUGAUAACUUCGGAAGCAAGGGAGCAGAGGUUUGCGUCGUGGUGCAAAGCGGUGGAGCGAUCGCUUGGACUCUCUGAUCUUGUAUGA